GAAAAUGAUAACCUAAAACAAAUCUAAUUCUAUACUCAUGAUUCAAAAUCCCGCUACAAAAUGGCUGACAUCCAAAUGUAUUCAUUUUAUAACCAGCGACUUCACUUAUUGGACAAAUAAUGGAUAGAAGCCAAUAUGGCGUAAAAGUAACGUACUGAAUGUGAACGAUUCGUAAUAACGUGUAAAAGACGUUAAGAGCGCUCAAUUUUACAUACGCUGAAGUUUCGAACCUUAAAAUUCUUAAAGCUAAAUUCUAUCAUAUAUAAGAAGUUAAUAAAGUAAAGUACAGCCAAAAUGGGUGACAUAAAAUCCUUCUUUCAUCAAUGGUGCGCAAAAAAUUGCAAAGAACCACAAUUUGAUGUAAGACCAACAGGGCCGAAACACCGACAACGAUUUCUUUGUGAAUUACGAGUACCCGGAUUUGAUUACGUGGGUGCAGGAAACUCAACUAGCAAAAAAGAUGCUCAAGGAAAUGCAGCCAAAGAUUACGUUAAUUAUUUAGUUCGAUCAGGAAAUGUAAAUGCUAAUGAUGUUCCAAAAGAUACACAAAGCAUUCUCGAACAGGGAGUAAUAACUAUUAAAUCAGAGUCUGUAUAUCCAAUAAAAUCUGUAUUUCAAGAUGGAAUGGGUCCAAAUGACAUAGGUCAAGCAUAUAGGGCUUAUAAUGAACAUGGUGAAAGCAAUUAUACUUAUAUUGAUAGAAUAGCAGAUCAGAAAAAAGUUGAAGAUGCAGAAGAUGUUGAUGUAAAUUCUGGAAUUCAUGGGAACUGGACUAUAGAAAAUGCUAAAUCAAAACUUCAUCAAUUUAUGCAAACUAACAAAAUUAAUGCUGAUUACAAAUAUACUCCACUUGGUCCAGAUCAUAUUAGGGGUUUCAUGGCUGAAAUGACAUUUUAUGUAAGACAACUUGAAAGAAAUAUUACUGGUCGUGAGACUGGUUCAAAUAAGCAAACUGCAUCAAAAAGUUGUGCCUUGUCUCUUGUUCGACAGUUGUAUCAUCUUGGUGUUAUUGAGCCAUUUAGUGGAACUUUGAAAAAAAAUAAAGAAGCAGAACAAAUAAAACCAUAUCCAGUUAAAAUUUCACCAGAUUUGAUAAAUCAGAUAUAUGAUGUUCUGAAUGAUCUGGAUAUAAAACCAAUUCCAGUGAACUUAUAUCAGAAAUAUAAAAAGGAAGAAAGUGAUUCAUCUAAUGUUUCGUUCUCAUUAUUAACAAAUCAAGUGUUAGAUGAUUUUAUUUCAUCAGCACCACAACCAGCUGGAGUAGUAAGUUGGUCUCCUCCACAACAAAAUUGGAAUCCAUGGACUGGUUGCAAUAUUGACGAGGGACCAUUAGCCUUAAUGUCUUUAGAACAGCUGUCAGAGGAUUUAUUACAUGAACAACGAGAAAGAUUGCAAGAAGAUGAGGGACUUCAAAAAAGUAUUAAGGAAAGAUCUUAUUUACCAGUUUUUUUAAUGAAGAAUGAAAUAAUGAAUGCUAUUAAUGAAAAUCCUAUAAUUAUUAUUCGAGGAAAUACAGGUUGUGGUAAAACAACUCAAGUAUGUCAGUUUAUUUUAGAUGACUACAUUGCAUCAGGUCAAGGUGCAUGUUGUAGUAUCGCUAUUACGCAACCUAGAAGAAUAUCUGCUGUGUCUGUAGCUGAUCGAGUUGCUUUAGAAAGAUGCGAACAUUUAGGACUAUCUGUUGGAUAUUCUGUAAGAUUUGAAUCUUAUUUGCCAAGACCUUACGGCAGUAUAAUGUUUUGUACUGUUGGCGUACUUUUAAGAAAAUUAGAAGGUGGCUUAAGGGGUGUAUCGCAUGUUAUUGUUGAUGAAAUUCAUGAACGAGAUGUUAAUUCUGAUUUUAUUAUGGUUGUACUUCGUGAUAUGAUUCAUAUGUAUCCAGAUUUGCGAAUUAUUCUAAUGUCUGCUACGAUCGACACUACGUUAUUCAGUAAUUACUUCAAUAAUUGUCCGGUAAUAGAAAUACCUGGAAGAUCGUAUCCAGUACAACAAUAUUUCUUAGAAGAUUGUAUACAAUUAACAAAUUUUGUACCACCUUUGGAUUCGAAGAAACGAAAAAGUCGGGAUACAGAUGAUUUACCAAUUGAAGGAGAACCAGAAGAAAAUUUGAAUAAAAUUAUUGACGCGCAGUACUCUAUGCGAACGAAGAAUGUCAUGGCGCAACUUAAUGAAAAGGAGAUAAACUUUGAACUCAUAGAAGCUCUACUAAGAUACAUUAAGACACAAAGUAUUUCUGGCGCUAUACUAAUAUUUUUACCUGGUUGGAACUUAAUAUUCGCAUUAAUGAAACAUUUACAGCAACACCCUGUUUAUGGAGGAUCAAGUUACAUGAUUAUACCAUUGCAUUCACAAUUACCAAGAGAAGAUCAACAUAAAGUUUUCGAACCUGUAGUGCCAGAAAUAACGAAAAUUAUUUUAGCAACAAAUAUUGCCGAGACCUCAAUCACAAUUAACGAUGUAGUUUAUGUAAUAGAUUCUUGCAAAGCUAAAAUGAAGCUUUUUACUUCUCAUAAUAAUAUGACAAACUAUGCUACUGUUUGGGCUAGUAAGACAAACUUAGAACAAAGAAAGGGUCGAGCAGGCCGUGUUAGACCAGGGUAUUGUUUCCAUCUAUGUUCUAAAGCGAGAUACAAUAAAAUGGACGAACAUAUGACACCCGAAAUGUUUAGGACACCUUUACACGAACUAGCAUUGAGUAUUAAAUUAUUAAGAUUAGGAAGUAUUGGAAAGUUCUUGUCAAAAGCAAUUGAACCACCACCAAUAGAUGCUGUAAUCGAAGCAGAGGUCAUAUUACGCGAGAUGAAAUGUUUGGAUGAAAAUAAUGAAUUAACGCCUCUUGGAAAAAUAUUGGCUCGAUUACCAAUAGAACCACGUUUGGGUAAAAUGAUGAUCUUAGGUUGUAUAUUUUGUGUGGGUGAUGCACUUUCAACAAUGGCUGCGAAUAGUACAACAUUUCUAGAAGUGUAUAAUAUGGGACCUGAUCUGAGACGGUUAUCUGCACAACAAAAAUCAUUUGCUGGUGCAAGGUAUAGCGAUCAUGUAGCAAUGUUACAUGCUUUCCAAUCGUGGGAAGAAGCUAGAUCUAUCGGAGAGUAUGAAGAACAAAUAUUUUGUGAUUCGAAAAAUUUAAGUCUGCCCACAUUAAGAGUGACAUGGGAAGCUAAGAAUCAAUUGCAAGCACUUCUGCUAAGUGCGGGAUUUCCGGAAGAAACUCUUUCCCCUAAACCGUUAAAUUAUCACGCUGGUGCAGAUACUCGUCUUGACACAAUUACUGCAUUAUUAUGUAUGGGUCUUUAUCCAAAUGUUUGCUAUCAUAAAGAAAAAAGAAAGGUUCUUACUACUGAAUCUAAAGCAGCGUUGAUUCACAAAACGUCAGUGAAUUGCAGUAAUUUUGAGCAAAAUUUCCCAUUUCCAUUAUUCGUAUUCGGGGAAAAGAUUCGUACAAGAGCAGUAUCUUGCAAACAAAUGACUAUGGUAUCACCGAUUCAUUUAUUAUUAUUUGGUUCUCGAAAAGUCGAGUACGUCGAUAAUGUAGUAAAACUGGAUAACUGGAUCAACUUAGAUAUGGAUCCGACUCAUGCAGCAGCAAUAGUAGCUUUACGACCCGCAUUAGAAAGUCUCGUUGUGAAAGCUGCAAAAGAACCUGAAACUAUUCUGGAAUUAAGUCCUAAUGAACAAAAAGUGUUAAAUGUAAUCAAAUCGCUUUGCGGAAUGAAUGCUUGCCGUUAUGAACUGGACCAGAUUACAGGUGGUUUCUAUUCAAAAAGACCACCGAGGGGAUAUUCGACUGGUUUUCAUUCGGGAAGCGAUAAUCCCGCAAAAUUAAUGCGCGGAGCUGGCGGUUAUCGUGGAAGCCUUUAUGGUGAAAGCAGUAGUAGAUAUUCAAGAGGCAGUUACAGUGGAUACAGAGGCGGUGAUUAUAGUGGAUACGGAAUGAGUAAUUCACGUGGAAGAGGCAGUGGAAGUUGGGGUGGUAGAGGAGGUUUUCGUGGUCGUUAUUAAUUAUAAUUUUAAAUAAUCUUUAAUGUGUAAAAUUAGCAAAACUUUAUUAUGAUGUGUAUGCGAUAUGUUUAACGUAGUUGUACAUUAUCUUUUAAUUGAAAAUGUAACAUAUAUUUAUUUUUAUAUCUUUUCAUUCAAAAUGUUGUUGCUUUUCUUUUUAUUUAACAAUAUUUGUUAUCCCACUAAAUAACAGUAUAAAUAAAGCCUUCAAAAAUAUUUAACAAUUUGGACGUAUUUAUACAUAUUGUUAAUAUAUAAUAGCGCGUUUUUAAAGAAGUGCUGCGAUAACUUGAAAGUACGAUUCAUUAAAGAGAUAUGCAAUACCUAUCUCACGUAAAUAUUACAGUCAAAUUAUGCAUUCUUAUAGCGCUACAUAUUAUCAGAUAUUAAAACUACAGAUUAGGAUUCUGUAGAAACAGAAUGAAGACUCGGCCAUCUAACGGGCAUGAUGGAAACGGAAAAAUGUUUCCAUCUCUUGUGAUUUCAUAGGUUUAUUUGUGAACACGUCAGGAGACGACCAUACGUUUGUAGUAUUGGUCGGUGCGUGGUCGGUACGUGGUCGGUACUGAGUAGAAAAAAAAAUGGCGAAAAUUUGCGUAUAAAGACGAUCGUCAACAGAGUUGACAGAAA